CCACUUCCUCCCUCCUCGGUCGCAAGCGCCUCGGCCGCAAGCGCCUCGGUGUUUUUUUUUUUUUCCUCCAGCGCCAACAUUUCCUGUUUCUGUCGGCCGUGUGUCACAGUCGACACGCGGCGGAGGCGGACGAGUCAUCGUCGGCGCUGGCAUGACUUGAGCGCUUGCUUCUGUUGGGGACUUCAGAUGGCGGCUCUCGGCAUCAACUGCUUUUUGCUGUCAGGCUGCCUUUCGCUUUUGGUCUCCAGCGCUUCGGUGGUGCCUACCACGGAUGAAACGCAGACCAGGUUGACCUUUGAAGAGGUUUCCAAAGUUGGUCAAGAUGCCACCAAAAGGGAUUCGGAUCCGUUGCCAAUCCAGAAUCACACUCCGGGUUUUGAAACGGGAAGAACAUCUGCUCCCGAGAGUUCCGAUCCUAUCUUCAACUCCUCCUCCGGAAGUCUGAUCUCCACACCAGCAAAGCCUCCUGAAGCCUCAAAGAGCACAAUCCAGUCCACUUUAGUGGCCACUCAAAGUCAAAAGACCGCCGCGUACACAUCUCCUGCUAACUGGAAUCUUUCCAGUUUGACCACCACACCAGAAGCAGCAAGAACCAGCUCCAUCUCUGGCUCCAAGGGAAAUUCAACUCCAGUCCAUUCUCCAGAGACUUCUAGGGGACCGGCUCCUACUGGCUCUUUGAAACCUGAGGAUCUUUCUGCUCGAAGAAGUCCACUCUCCUCACCAGAGACCUCCAGCUCUGUCCCAGAUGCUACUCCAACCCCGAUCCAAGGCCACACCAUUCUGUCAGCUUCGAACACAUCUUUGGCCAAUUCCAUUUCCACACCAGAAGCACCAAGGGCCACUAUCUGGUCUACUCCACUCCCAAUCCAAAGUCAUAAAAGCCCCCCAGUGACAUCUUGGACAACUAACUCCAAUCCUACCAGGCUGGUCUCCACAGCAGACCCUCCCCAAUCAACGAGAUCCGGCUCUGAGUCGACGCCAAUCCCGAGCCAAAGUCACAGACCUCCUCCAGGUUUUGGGACAACUCCAACGCGAGAACCCCCUGAGCUACCAAGUGGGCCUCCGGUAACGAGUCCUCCAGCUUUCGGAACAACGGUAAGGCCCGGAGCUCCUACUGCUACGAGAAGCCCGAGCUCCACCUCAGCGGGAACGUCCUCGAGCCCGACGACCACUCGGGCGCCUUGCGUCAGCCCGAAGAAUCCCCCCGUCUCGGAGAACCAGUCGUGCUCCCCCCGUGGCGUGGUGAAGCCCUGCCUGGUGGCCAUCGCCUGCCUGGCCGCCCUGGCCACCAUCUUCAUGGUAUCCACUAUCGUCCUCUGCGCCAAACUCUCCACCAGGAAUUACAAGCCGAGGAAGGUCCAGGACCAGACGGAGAUGACCUUCAUGUCGUCGCUUCUGCCCGUGAGGAACUACGAAGGCGUGAGGCGGCAGCGCAGCCCGGUCUCCAACGGAGUCUUGGUGCUUCACGGCGCCGGCGGGGACAGCGACGAUGACAUGGACGACAACCUCACCCUAAGCAGCUUCCUUCCCGAGGGUGACAGGUGUGUUUAGAAAGGCCGACUUUGUCCGGAUGGAUGGUGAGUCUUCCGUCGCGCCUUUUGCUAGCACGGUGGACGAGCGCUUAGCACGUCCGCCUUUGGGUUCUCAGGUUUGCUGGUUGACUUUGGCGCCAAUGUUCUGGCUAAGUGUCAAGGAACUAUAUGUUGAUCUCACAUCUCUACCAAGAGACAAAAGAAACGAUUGGAGGACAUAUGUAGAGGAGCUGAAUGUAGCCUAGGUUCUUUGUGUAAAUGCUAAGUGGCUAAACGCUGAAUAAUAAUAAAAAGACUUGUAUGCAAA